AUGUACAAUCGAAGUGAAGAUCGACAUAAAUCUCGGCGAAGUUUUCAAAGUGGUGCGCAAAAAAGGAAAAUUGCUGCAGAAAAAGAACAAAAAUUUGAACAGAUACUUUGUAAAACUCCAAAAAUAAGCAAUUAUUUUAUUGAUUCCAAAAUUCCUGAACCUGCGAAUAUCGAUAAACCAACUACUACUUCAAGUUCAACUAUUUCUCAAUUUGAUGAAACUGAAUCAAAAAUUGACGCCACUAACAACAGAAAUCCUGAAGUCACAAGUAACGAACAACCAUCUACUUCUUCUUCCAGUUCAAAUAUUUCAAAAUUUGAUGAAGUUGAAAUAAAAUUGGCCACCACUGCACACUUGGAGAAGAUAUCGGAUAAUCUUAAUUUUACGACUGAUAUAGGUCUUUGGAAAGAACCUUUCACAGACGAUAUAAUUAACUUUUGGAUUAAAAAAGGUUCAACUGAAUUACAAAACUGCGACGAGGAAACUAUCUCUAAAUUGUCUGCUACUCAGACAACACAAAAUGUGAAUGAGAGUAAAAGAAAAUGCACAUCAAGUCUCUUUUAUCGAACUAAUCAAAACAAAGAAGUAGUUAAUCGGUUUUGGUUAUGUUUUUCACCAUCUACCGGAAAAAUAUAUUGUUUCUUAUGCAAAUUAUUGUCAACUUCAACGUAUGUAGCAUUAGGUAAAGAAGGCUACUGUGAUUGGAAACAUGCAUCGGAACGUGUACGUCAACAUGAACUGUCGAAGAAUCACUUGAAUUCAGUUAUAGUUUUUUCAACGCGUUUAAAUGAAGUAAAUUGUAUUGACCGUAAACUUCAAGAACAAGCCUCUGAAGUAGCUGGAUAUUGGCGAGAAGUCCUUAAAAGAGUUGUAAGCACCGUUACAUUUAUUGCUGAGCGUGGACUAGCUUUCCGAGGUCUUGAUGAAAUUAUUGGUUCGCCAAAUAAUGGAAAUUUUUUGGGAAUUAUGGAAUUAAUUUCUCAGUUUGAUCCUUUUCUUGCUGCUCAUAUGAAAGAAUAUGGAAAUAAAGGAAGUGGCCACACAAGUUAUUUAUCAUCAACAGUAGUCGAAGACAUCAUUUUCCUUAUGGGCAAAGAAGUAUUGCGUGAAAUAGUCGCUCGCAUAAAAAUAGCAAAAUACUAUUCUAUAUCAGUUGAUUCUACGGCUGAUGAAGGACACAUUGAUCAAUUAACGGUAGUUAUACGAUACGUGGAAAAUUUGAAUCCAGUAGAACGUUUUUUAACUUUUAUUCCGAAUUGUGGCCAUACCGGCAAAGAUAUGGCUCAAGCUCUUCUUGAGUUUUUAAGUAAACAAAGUUUGAACAUAAUGGACUGUCGAAGUCAGUCUUUUGAUAAUGCAGCAAAUAUGAGUGGCAAAUAUAAAGGUAUGCAGGCUUUAAUAAAGGUGGAAAAUCCUCUAGCUGAACAUCUUCCAUGCUUUGCUCAUUCAUUGAAUUUAGUAGGAAAAUCAGCUGCUAAUACGUGCCUUGCUGCAGUUCUUUUUUUUAGCUUUGUCCAAGAACUUUUUGUAUUUUUCACCAAUUCGACUGCACGACAUAAAAUCCUAAUUGAGAAAUUAUCCUCUUCGAAAACAAAGGGUAACUUCUAUACUUUAAAGAAAUUAAGCGAUACUAGAUGGUCAUGUCGGGCCGAUGCCACUAAAGCUCUGGCUUAUGGUUAUAAACCUAUUCAAGAUUCAUUAGCUCAAAUUUAUGAUGACGUCGAACAAAAAAGUAUCGUAAGAAACGAAGCUCUCGGUCUUUUGCAAAAAAUGUCUAAACUUGAAACUACAAUUUAUAUUAAAUUUUGGCAUGAUAUACUUGAAAGGUUCAAUUCAACAAAUAAAAUUCUGCAAAGUUCCACAAUGAUUCUGUCUACAGCUGUUAACGGACUCAAGUCUUUAAAAACAUUUGUAGAAUCGAAAAGAGAUUCAUUCGAAACGUACGAAAUAGCGGGUAAGGAAUUAUCUAAUACUGAAGAGUAUGAAUCUGUACGUGUGAGAAGACCAAGUGUGAAGCUCCGACCUCUUGAUUAUGGACAAGCACCUGCAGUUCAAUUAUCGGCGAGAGACAAAUUUCGAACCGAAUGUUUUCUUCCGGUUAUUGACCAAUUAAAUUUGGCAUUGGCUGAACGAAUAAUGGCUUAUGAGGCUAUUUGUGAAAGAUUCGGGUUCUUGGCCGAAUUGAAUGAUAUAGAACCUUGCGAAUUAGAAAUAAAAGCAAAUAAUCUUGUAGACGCCUAUCCUGAAGAUCUCGAACGGAAUCUGACAAAUGAACUUGUUCACCUUGUGGCUUUUUCUAAGCAAUAUGAAAAAAGGGAGGGAGAAUCUACAGAAGUAUUCCUUUAUAGAUUAAUUUUAGAAAAUAAUUUUAAGUCAUCAUUUUGCAAUGCAGAAAUAGCUCUUCGCAUAUACCUGACCUUAAUGGUGACCAAUUGCAGUGGAGAAAGGUCAUUUUCUAAGAUGAAAAUAAUAAAAAACAGAUUGCGAACUAGCAUGGGACAAAAUCGUUUAGAAAAUCUAACGCUUCUAAGUUUGGAAAAUGACAUCCUUCGCAACUUGAGUUUUAAUCAAAUUAUAGAUGAUUUUGCCAAAGAAAAAUCACAAAUUAAGAACUUGAGUGAUCCAAUUUACCCAGAAUUACUCUAUAUCUUACGUGUGCCUGCAUCCAGGGCACCUCCACGUGGUGACGGUGGGCAACAGAGUUUGUCUGCUAUCCGGCUAAGUUGUUGGAUGACGACUCCUGAGAGCCUGCUUUCUAACCCUGAACCGCCGAUACUGGGGUUUCGAGUAGCACGUUUUCUACGUGUGUCUUCCAUGACGGCAUUACAUCCAUUACCCAAGGACUUAGCCGGAUAG